AAAAAGUAAACAAAACAAAGCCGACUAAAAUGUCUAAAAAUUUGUUUUCGGAUGAAAUGUGCGAUUAUCUAAUUUGUUGCGUCCACGCAAACGAAGCUAUAUGGAACCAUGGCAGUCCUAGGUAUAAAGUGAAGCACUUGAAAGUCGACUUUUGGCAAAAUCUGGCCGAAGACCUCAAUUCAAAGUUUUUCCCAGCAGUUUUGAUUCAGUCAGCUGAUUGUAAUCGAAAAUGGAACAACCUAAAAUCCUACUACAUUUACGAGAGCAAAAAAUUGUUAAAGGCAAAGAAAAGUGGAGCCGAUGCUGAGACUUUGGAGGCUCUAGACCAGUGGAAGCACAAGGCCAAAAUGGAAUUUCUGUCGGGACUUAGUACUCCACUAGCCUCUGUGAACAACUUUACUAAGAGAAGCCUUGAUAUGUUGGACGAUUCCACUUUGGAUAUGGACGAAUCCUUAACAGAAGCGGAAAUGAGCUCGGUGUCCAGCGGAUAUAAAGCAACUUCAACCAGUUUUAAAGCCGGAAGACACCAUGCGACCAAAAAAAAGAGGGCUUGUGUCGAGGAUAGGUAUACCGUAGCUCAGGCCUCAGUGGAAUCAGCAAACCAUAUUAUAACUGCUGCGCAAAAAAAAGACACUGGGGAUAAUGGACUAUUCUAUUUCACGGAGUAUCUUCGUGACAGCUUAUCUCGCCUGGAUCCUGAUCUCCAGCUAAAAGCGAAGAGAGUGUUUUCGGAUACCGUGCUGGAGCUGGAGAGUAUGCAGUUAAACAGGAAUAAUGACUAA